ACAAAAAGCACUAAGUCCUGAAAUACUGCUACUGUUCCAUUGUUGCAGCACUAAUUACUAACAAAAAUGACAAAUCAGUCUUUUCAAAUCAACAUUGACAAGUGGAUUUUGGAAAAUGAGGCUUCUUUUUUACCACCUGUUUGCAACAAAUUAAUGUUCUUUCAUCAGCUAAACAUCAUGUAUGUUGGUGGUCCAAACAUACGUAAGGAUUACCACAUAGAGGAGGGUGAAGAGCUGUUUUAUCAGGUCCGUGGAGACAUGGUCUUAAAAGUAAUCGAGAACGACAAACACAAAGAUGUGCAUAUUCGUGAAGGAGAGAUGUUUCUCCUGCCAGCACGAAUCCCUCACUCCCCUCAGAGGCAGGCCAACACAGUGGGGUUGGUGGUGGAGAGGAGGCGACUGUGCUCAGAGAAAGACUGUCUUAGAUACUAUGUGGACAACAGCACAGACAUUCUGUUUGAACGCUGGUUUUACUGUGAGAACCUGGGCAUACAACUAGUUCCAGUUAUUGAGGAGUUUAUGGCCUCAAAACAGCAUAAGACUGGAAAACCUGAUCCAGCGGACCCUAUCAAGCCACCAGUUUUCCCACUCAACACUAUGAACGUGAUGACCCCCUUCUGCUUCAAAGAAUGGGUGGAGAAGCAGAGGCCUGCGCUGGCUAGUGGCCGACCUGUGGACAUGUUUGGAGCUCAGUUUGAGACUGAGACUAUGCUGUAUGGUCCAGGAGAGUCAAAGUCUACCAAAAAAGCCAUGGAUGGAUGGAUCUGGCAGAUAGAGGGGUCCUCAAGUGUCACUAUGAAUAACCAAGAGUACAAUCUUUCUGAGGGAGAUUGCCUUCUUAUUCUUGAACAGACUGAGUACUGCUGGCAUAGAGCUAAGGACUGUGUGGCCUUGUAUGUUGCCCAAAAUCCAGAGAGGAAGCAAUGACAGAAUAGAAAUCUUCCCAAACUUGUAUUUAUUAAUUAUUAAAUUGAUAUUGAUGUUUAAUAUCUUAAUUUUAAUACCACAAAACCCACACUCAAAUUAGUAAAAAGAACAAUAAAUUAGUUUUGUAUAAAGAAGUGAUUUAAUCAUUCAGCCACCAAAAAAGCACUUGCAAAUAUUAUUAAAAUUCCAAAAAUACAAUGACAUAGCUGUACCUUACAGGUCUAUGUAAUUUUAACUGUCAGUGAUUUUACAGUAAAUAACUGUAAGUCUUAUGGUCUUAUUAAAGCAUUUUCCUACAA